UUCAAUCUGGAAGGUGCUUUUGCAAUGGCCGCCUUGGUAUCACCUGGAUAGCGGUCACUGAAAGACAGGCCGCCAUGGAGGCGUCGUUUCUGGAGCAGCCUCCAGGGUAUUUUAAGGGAAGGACGCCUUCUGUCUUUUGGUCUUCGUUGAGAAACAAUCAUUUGGCCCUUUUCCAACAAUCAGUCUUCAGCUUCAAUUCAAUCCACUCUUUCUUUGUUGCCUGGGAGGGUGUAUAUAACUCAUCCAUCCAUUGACCAGCAUACAAUCCUCACUUACUGCACUCUCUCUUGCUGUCGUCCCUCCCCAUUGCAUCAAGCCAAUCCUCGUCUGCUGCACACACUGUCUGUGAACCACGAAAAAGAAAACAGAAUCAAAUACCAACCUCAAGACCACCAAUUGCAGCCGCAUAUUCCCCUAGACAAUGCCAUCUAAGAGCUCACACGACAUGGCCUCCCUCCCCGAGGCUCGGGGUCUGAUAUACGACGAAACCGAAAUGGCACUCUUCCACGCAAAAUUAUCCUACCACUCCACCAUUGAGGAACGCCUGGCCUCGAAAGACCCUAAUCUAGCGUCCAUUUCUGAACACCAAGCCAAGCUUCUCAAACGCUGGGAGAUCACGAAAAAGGAAAUCGUGGACAAGGGCAAGAUCUUAACACCGGCGGACAAGAAGCAGCUGGCGCAGUUGGAAUGGAAAUACAAAAACUUGGAAGACAUGGCAACCAAAAGUGCAGGAAGAUGAAUAUCUCACCGCUUGGGAGUUUGAUCAAAGUUGAUUGCUGUCGGGGCAUAUAUGCAUAGAAACAGGUGUCGUUACUACCGGCGUUAAUUAGAUUCAGGAGCCUCGCGCAAAGCACAAACUGUCUGUAGCACCACGGCAGAU